AUGUCGCACACUGACAAGCACAAUCAAGACAGCACCACACUGGCGGUGCUGGUAGCAGUUGGCUUGGCACUUGUGACUAUUCUCAGUGUGUGGAAGCUAAAACAGUUCAAAUAUAGACUUAUAAAUGAAACUGGAGGUGCAAUGUUUUAUGGCUUGCUUGUGGGUUUAACACUGAGAUGCUUGUCAUUUGACUGGGGCGAACAUAUGGACGACAUGGAGACCGUGUGCAGCUGUGGUGCUCUUAACAACACUCCUCGCUUCUUGACGGUGAACAUCACAUCACACUUUCACUGUUUCAGACACGUUGGGAGAGUCAGCCAGCGAUGCCCACCGGUCUCAACCCCUCACGUGGAGACCUUUGAUCCCAAGGUCCUUUUCAAUCUGUUCCUGCCACCCAUCAUCUUCCAUGGAGCUUACACCCUUAAUCAGAGGCGAUUCAUUGAGAGUCUUGGAUCUGUUGUGACCUUUGCAUUUUUGGGUACUAUAAUCAGCUGUUUGAUCAUGGGGGCCUGCGUCUACGGCUUCACCAGACUGAUGGUGCUGUUGGGCCAGGCAGCAGAUGGAGACUUCUUCCUCACCGAUUGCCUCCUGUUUGGUGCCAUUAUGUCAGCCACUGACCCAGUUGCAGUCCUUGGCCUGCUGUCAGAGCUGCGUGUGGACCUGGAUCUGCACACCUUGCUGUUUGGCGAGAGUGUCCUGAAUGAUGCUGUGGCCAUUGUCCUGACACAUGCCAUCACCGCCUAUAGCCAGAUGGGUGCAGGACAUGCCUUCGACCCUCCCGCCUUCCUCCUCUCUGUUGGUUAUUUUCUUGGAGUGCUUGUCGGCUCCUUCCUCUUGGGUUUCAUAUAUACUGUCAUAACAGCCCUCCUGACGAAAUUCACUCGGCUACGUGAGAAUCCGCUGCUGGAAACAUCCAUCGUCGUCCUGCUGUCAUGGAGCAGCUUCCUCUCAGCUGAAGCCAGUGGACUUUCAGGUAUUGUGGCAGUGCUGUUUUGCGGGUUGAGUCAGGCAAGGUACACAAUUCACAAUUUAUCUUGUGAGAGCAGGACCAGGAUCAAGCAGCUCUUUGAAGUCUUCAACUUCCUGGGGGAGAUUUUCAUCUUCAGCUACAUGGGAUAUGUAUUGUCGACGUUCCCUCACCAUGUCUUCAAAGCUCUCUUCAUUUCUGGGGCAUUUCUCUCCAUCUUUAUAUCAAGGGCCUGUAACAUCUACCCCUUGUCAUUCCUCCUAAACCUGGGACGCACAGCUAAGAUACCAUGCGCCUUCCAGCACUUCAUGGUGUUUGCAGGUUUCAGGGGGGCUGUGGCGUUUAGCCUGGCUGUAAAAGACACAUCCACAGAUGUGAAGCGCACCAUCCUCACCACCACUCUGCUGCUGGUCGGCUUCACCGUCUGGGUGCUGGGCACGGCUGCUGAUCCCACGCUGCGCCGUCUGAACAUCAGAGUGGGGGUGGAUGCAGAUGAAAAUCAAGAGGACCUGUCUUUUGAGGUUGCUACAGGGAGGCCAGACACAACACAGGGCCUGUGGCACCGCCUGGACUACAAAUAUCUAAAACCAGUGCUGACACACUGUGGCCCUCCCCUCACUGAUUCACUGCCACAGUGGUGCGGAGUAUUUGCCCGACCCUUCAGCAGCACCCAUGUCCAAGAGGUCGAAGAGCAGCCGUGUGAGGCUGAACCAGAUGACUCCACUUUCGAUUUGGAGAAAACAAAGACGCUGCUUGGAUCCAUGGGAGGUGACUCUGGAUCCGCGCAGCAGGAAGACCUACUGGAGGGAGACCUGGGACUUGGCACUGCUCCUGCUCUCGCUAGGGAGGCCUGAAGCUCCAGGAGUCACCUCCAACCCUAG